AUGGCCGGGCAUCAAGCAGUUGUGCGCAAGGAGGAGAAGCUUCCGCUUGUCAAGGACCACUCGGACCACACGCUCUGCCUCCACGCCCAGGAGGAGACGCUGCCCGAUGCGCGCGAAGAGUGGUGGCACCUCGUCACGCUCGCGGGGCCCGUGAUCUUUACACUGCUCAUGGAGUACAUUCCGAGCUCGACCAACAUUGUGCUUGUUGGCCAAAUGCAGUCGGAGCUCACCAAGGAGUACGUGGACGCGGCCGCCAUCUCGGGCAUGUACCUUACGAUCACGUCGCUCUCGGCGGGUCUGGGCAUGUCGACGGCCAUGGACACGCUUUGCAACCAAGCGGCGGGCGCGGGCCACACGUACAAGUUUGGCAUCUACCUCCAGAGCGCGCUCCUUGGCCUCAGCAUUGUGUUCGUACCGGUGUUUUUCCUCAACUGGUUCUGCGGCGACAUCCUCGUGCUGCUUGGGCAAGACGCGUCCAUCUCGCACAUGGCCGGCGUCUUCACGCGCUGGACAAUUCCUGGCCUGCCCUUCCUCUUCGUCUACGAGAUCCUCAAGAAGAUGAUCCAGGCCCACGACAUUGUGAUGCCGAUGCUGGUCAUGACGUUCCUCAGCAACGUCAUCCACGUCGGUCUUGGCUACUACUUGGUGCACCACACGAGCCUCGGCUUUUAUGGCGCGUCGAUCGCGCGGAGCAUUGCGUACGUCGCGCUUCUCCUCAUGAUGGUCCCGUAUUUUCUCAUCAACCCGCUCUACCGCGAGUGGGAGCUGCGCUGGAGCUACGCCGACGCCCGCGCCCACCUCUGGCAGUUCUUCAAGUUUGGUCUCCCGGGUCUCUUUAUGCUCGUCUUUGAGUACGGCGCGUUUGAGAUUCUCACGUUGCUCUCCGGUCUCAUGCCCAACGCCGUCGUCACGAUCGAUCAUGACCAACACGAUCGCCCUCAUCUACAUGAUCACUUUGGCAUUGCGACGUCGGCCAACAUCCGCGUCGGUAACAUGCUCGGCGGUAACAAGCCGCACCACGCCGAGCUCAUCAUGAAGAUGGCGUACUCGCUCUGCCUCUGCUGCACGCUCGCGACGGGCGCGCUCAUCUUCUUCUCGCGCAGCAUCCUGCCGCAAGUCUUUAUCAACGACCCCGAAGUCAUUGCGCGUGCGACGACGGCCCUUGUGUUUGUGAUUCCGCUGCACAUGAGCGACGCCAUGAACGCCGUCUCGCAGGGCGUGCUCCAGUCGAUGGGGCAGCAGCACAUUGCGACCAUCACGAACGGCUGCGCGUACUACAUGGUCGGCAUUCCCACCGCGUGCGUUCUCGGCUUCUACUUGGAGUGGAGCAUCGAAGGGCUCUGGGCCGGCUUCACCUUUGGGUCGAUUGCGGCCUGCACCGUCUACUAUUUCGUCUUGCGCCGCGUCAACUGGCCCAAGAUGGCCCAAGACGCUGUCUUGCGCACAGAAGAGUAG